AUGGAUACCUCCGAUACAAACGAUGACACCGUGCCAGAGUCCCGCAGACCCCUGCUCCCAGGAGAGUAUACUACGGGCUCAACGGACAGCCUAGACGAACCCCCUUCCACUAUCGAAAUGCCAGUACCUUCAGAUUCAGAUACAGUACUUCGACGUCAAGGAACAAGGACGUCCACGCCAACCUCCCAGUCCAGCGAGACGAAGAAGAUGUGGAAGGAGAGGUUUGGGUUGGCAGAAUCGAAGAGCAAGAAGAUGCAGAGUGAAGAGAGCAGCGAGUCCUCGCAGACGGGAUUCUUCGGGAUCGACCCCAGCACCGGAGGAGUCAUCAUUGGGCCAGGAACUCAUCCCCAUUCCACCCGCCUCUACCUCAGUACCGAGCACGGGGAAGAAGUUGUUAUGGCCUACCACGGAUUCUCCCCUCGUGCCCCUGACCCAGACAAAAUCCCCCAGCCAGAAGAGUUCUACUCCCAGCAGCAGCAUGACUGGGUGAUCAUGGACGCAUGGCACCAAGCCAACCAGCUCCCCCCACUCGAGGAUGGGGAGAUACCAGAGUUUGACCUCCAGUAUCCAGACUCACCCACUAUCCCCAGAUACCCAGACCUCAGUAUCGCCACCGGGAGAAGCAACGCCGCGACCAAGGGAGGAAGCCCAGCACCUGACCCUGGAGACAUUUCCGAUGUCGACCCCCGAGACACCUCUGGCCCCGACUCCUACGAUUCAUGGGUCACAGAUGACACAGAGCACAACCCAUAUCAGAGUGCCGCAGAGAGUUAUGCCGCCGUCUUCAAGCCAUCGCUGAAGACUGAAGGAGAGACUGGGAGACCCCCGAGCCCCUUGUUCCAUACGUCCGGUGGACCCUCGGAGAAUAUGGAGCUGAGCCAGAAUUGGCCCAGUUCUUCUUUGACAACCCGAUCCAUUCAGAGUGGGGCGUACUAUACCAAAGGUUCCAAGACUUCACUCGUGGAAUUCGAAACAGAAACUGGGCCCUUGCCAGAAGGGGAGGUGCCCACGUACCAGAAAGAUAGGAACAUCCCAUACUACCGAGGGCCGAAGACCAGCCCCUCUAUUUCUGGCCUCGGGAUACUCAGACCAGAAUCUGGAAUCGCUGGUACCCAUGGGAGCGCGCGGCUCUCACCGACUACCGGUACUGGCUCCAAGCCCCAGACACUGAGGAGUCCACUCCCUACCCACGAUCCACCCCAGCGCCCCGAAAUGAUGAAGCCGAUAAUGGAGAUGGGAUGGUUGGAGCUUCUAGCAUGGCAGGGAAGGUCUCUGGCCAAUGAAGGGUCGUGGUUAGUUUCAGAAGCCGCCGAAUUUAUGUACCGAACCAAACUACUGAAUGAAGUACGCAGUGCCAUCUACAAAGAUGAAGUUCAGCAUCACGCAGCAAAACUGUGGAACCAGUUACAUAAUGACCAUGCCACCAUAAUACGUCUGUUCUCGAUGUGGAGCUACCUGCCGUAUCACUGGGCCACAACUCCAGCAGAACCCUCUCUACCUCUAGGAAGCAGGCUCCUAGGAGGAAUGCCCACGGAAGAAGAAGGAGCCCCGCAGGAACCAGCCCCAGAAGCCCCUCCAAAAAGAACCCGACCCAGCUGA